AAACAGACACUUCCGUUUUUAUUGUCCACCCUCCGCCGCCGGCGUCUCUCCAAAACCCAACCAAACCCUAGAUCCGCCGCACUCAGUUCCGGUGAGACCCUCCUUUCCAGCGAAAAUGCCGAACCUCGAGUGCCGGAUGUAUGAGCAGCGGUUCCCGGAGGUGGACGCCGCGGUGAUGAUCCAGGUGAAGCACAUCGCUGACAUGGGCGCGUACGUCUCGUUGCUCGAGUACAACAACAUCGAGGGCAUGAUCCUCUUCUCCGAGCUCUCCCGCCGUCGUAUCCGCUCCAUCUCCUCCCUCAUCAAGGUUGGCCGCCAGGAGCCCGCCAUCGUGCUCCGUGUCGACCGCGACAAGGGCUACAUCGACCUUUCGAAGCGUCGCGUCUCCGAGGAGGAGGCGCACGCAUGCGAGGACAGGUACAACAAGUCCAAGCUCGUGCACUCCAUCAUGCGCCACGUCGCCGAGACGCUCGAGAUCGACCUCGAGCCGCUCUACCAGCGGAUUGGCUGGCCGCUCUACCGCAAGUACGGCCACGCCUUCGAGGCCUUCAAGCUCAUAGUUGCCGACCCUGACGCCAUCCUCGACGCACUCACCUAUGAGGAGAAGGAGGUCGGCCCGGAUGGCCAGGAGGUGACUAAGGUGGUGCCUGCUGUCACCCCCGAGGUUAAGGAUUCUCUGGUUAAGAACAUAAGGAGGAGGAUGACACCACAGCCUCUCAAGAUCCGUGCUGAUAUAGAGAUGAAAUGCUUCCAGUUUGAUGGAGUGCUCCAUAUUAAGCAAGCUAUGAAGAAAGCUGAAGCUGCGGGCAAUGAUAACUGUCCUGUGAAGAUUAAGCUAGUUGCUCCUCCACUUUAUGUUUUGACCACACAGACCCUUGACAAGGAUCAAGGCAUUUCAGUUCUCACUACUGCAGUCAAGGCUUGUACAGCAGAGAUUGAAAAGUACAAAGGAAAGUUAGUAGUGAAGGAACCACCAAGAGCUGUUAGUGAGCGGGAAGACAAGCUAUUCCUCGACCAGAUUGAUUCCCUAAUGGAGCAAAACGCAGAGGUCGAUGGUGAUGCUGACAGUGAAGAGGAGGAAGAUACAGGAAUGGGGGACGUCGACAUUACAAAUUCUGGCGUCGCUGCUUACUAAGGCUACACUGGUUGAUUUGGAUGAGCUUUGCUGUACAGCACCAGCUAAGUUCUAAGCCGUUCUGUUUGGAAGCAGUUUCUUUCUGUUAGGUUUUGGUGAAUUCGCUGAAACUCGUUACCUGCGUUGUUAAUGUUUUGGGCUCAGCCGGUGUUGGGGUAGCGUUUACUUCUGUCGAGAAUCACCAAUUUUUUCUUGGGACUGAAAACAAAGCCCGUUGC